AUGAUUUCGACCGCACAGUUGGAACGACUAAAUAGGCCAGGCUACCCGCAAGAAAUGGUUCCGGUAUGCGUCGAAAGCCUGAUCAAGGAGGUCUUCAACGGCGCCACGAUCGCCGAAUGCCUCUAUAGCCUUGUCCAAGAGCGAGACUUUCCCGUCACCCUGAAACCUUUUCCCACCUACUCAAAGGCCAUUGAUGUCAGCAUCACUCGGAUGUUUACUGUUGCUUACGUCGGUGUCUCCGCAAUAGCUAUUGGAGCGGAUUUGAUCCUAUUGCUCACCGUGAAAUCUGAACCGUACAAAGCCCUGCGUAAAUUCUUCUACUGGAACGUGUUUCACCUUGGAGUCGACGUCACGGUAAUACUGAUCUUCUCCGUCGCUACCCUCACGAAGUACGACGUCAACGAGGCUUUCGUUUCCAUGCCACAAUUUAUGUUCGUUGCGACGGCAUUGCGAGCAUCUAUCCUUUGCAGCUUGUACAGAACCUUCCAAAUGUAUUCGCCGGGGUCAGGCAACGCUGAGAAUGAAGGUCCGCUUGUACAUGUGCGACGUGCAAGCGCCGCUUCUGGGGCAAAUUGACCCAGCAGUAGAUGCGGAGA